AUGUCCAAAGCAACUAGUAUCACUGCUGAGAAAACGAAAGUUCACUUCUUUCGUGAUGAAUACAUGGAAGGUCUCUACCGACGACCAGAACCUUUAUUAACCGUUGAUUUCAACCCAAAAACCAAUCGUCUCGUUACUGCAGGUAUUCAAACCGAUAUCAAAAUCUGGGAACUCUCCUAUUCGGAAGAAGAUGUCUUUUUCAAACUCAUUGCAACCAUGAACCCCAUCUAUGACAGUGCCAAAGUCGUGAAUAUUGCUCGGUGGAGUCCAUGCGGUAAUUAUAUUGCUACUGGAUGUGGAAGAGGAGCAGUGAUUAUUUGGAAGAAGAAAGGCUUGUUAGCCACAACAUCCUCCGAGAUGGAUUCCAAGAAGUCCAAUCUAGGUACUACUAUGGCCGCCAGUGGCCAUCCAACAUCUUCCAUGCUGAUGGCUCAUAAUAGUAGCAGCUCUGAUGAUACGGAUUUAUCAUUCUUGGAGAGUGAAGUCAAACCAACCGAAGAAUGGAUCAUUGCAAGAAAGUUCGGAAGUGAAGAAGGUGAGGAUGUUUGGGAUUUGAAUUGGUCUCCACCCUUGAUCGAUCAUAAGACUGGAAAGCCAACAUAUUUGUUAGCAACGACCUCUAUGGAUCGGAGAUUGCGAGUCUAUCAACCUUUAGAGUCUUUUGAAAUGUUGUUUGAACAUAUUUCUGAAAUUCAUUCCUCAUUUGGAGGUGUUACUUGGGAUCCUUUGGGUUAUUAUUUGGCUAUUCAGUUGAGUACAGCAAAGAAGGUUUUAUUAUUUGGUUUGAAUCAAGAACGUUUCUCAAUUUUAGGUCCUCAACAACAACGAUCAGCUGCUGGAAAUUUAGGCGUUGCAUGUACGACGAAUGAACAAGUAAUGAUGUCACCAAAAAAGAAAAAGAAGAAUCAUUCGACCACAGCAGCACUUUUUGAAAAAGUAGGAACGAUUAAGAAGAGUGCAAAAGAUAAUAAGGAAUUAUUCCAAGGAGAUAAUCACACCAUUCAGUAUCGAUCGACUGUCUUGAAUAGUGUGAGAAGAUUGUCAUUUUCUCCUGAUGGUUCUUUUCUUUUUACAACGGCAGGUCUUUCGAACACACUUCACAUGUUUUACAGAAAUGUUUGGAAGAAACCAGCAAAAUGUAUUACUGGACUCACAUCAACAUGCCCCGUUGUAAGAUUUUCUCCAAUUCUUUACAAGUCUACGAGUGAGAAGUCUGUUCUUCCAUACCGAAUGAUGGCAUGUGCUUCCUCUAAGGAUGAGAUUAUCAUUUUUGAUACUGAGGGCAAUAAUGUAUUGUUCAGAGCUCAAAGACUUUUCACACAACCAAUUACUGACUGUAGCUGGAGUAGUGAUGGUACUGUAUUAUUUAUUUCAUCUCAAGAAGGUUUGAUGGCAAUCAUGAGAUUUGAUAAGGCUGAACUUGGAGAACCAUAUCUUGGUUUACUUGGCACAACAAAUUUAUUGAGCGAGACCAAAGAGUCAACCCAGCCAGCCACUGAUAUGACUCCUUUAGAACAACAUAUUGCCAGAAUCAGGGAGAGAAGUCUUCAAAAGAUGAUGCGAAGUCAAUGUUUUGGUGCCCAAGAAAAAAACACCAAUCCAAACUACAAACUAGUUCAAUAA